GCAGGUGGUUACUGUGAGUUCGGGCCAGAACAGCCGGGUGGUUGGGAGCUAUUUAGUUCCCGUUGCAUGAAAUUAUUACCUUAAAACUAAAAAAAAAUAAAAUAUUGAGUGACCUUUAUGAUUUUAUUAAAUAUGUAAAGUUAUUCUGAUCCUGAAUUACUGGUAAAAAUAUAUUUACCAAGAAGUGGAAAUCUGUGAAGAUUACAAUGCAAAACGAAGCUUGUCAAUGGCAUUUCGUUUUAAAUCUAUUUCUGCAAAAAAAUCUCCAAACAAUUUUAAUGGGAUUGCACCCAGCGAUGGGUAGUCCACUCGCAUCAUUUUAGAACUGGAAGCAAAAUGCGCCUUUGCUUCAAGAAGGUUUUUCUGACAAUAUCUGGGGCCACCGUCAGUUUCCUCCUGCUGGCGUUGGUGGAUUACCAGAGGCGAGAAGGCAGCGGCGGGGUCAAGGUGAAAGCUAGCCGGCUCUCGGCCGCUCCGAGCGGCCAGGGCGUGGGAGGGGACUCGCCGCCUGCGGCGGUCAAGCCCGGGCUGACGGCUCGAGGUACCAACCUCUCGGAGCGAGUACCUUGGCAGUGGAAGGUGGAACUGAAGGAUAUUUUCAUCGCCAUCAAGACCACCCACAAAUUCCACAAAUCCAGACUGGAACUGCUUCUGCAGACUUGGAUCUCAAGAGCUUGGAAGCAGACGUACAUCUUCACUGAUGAUGAUGAUGAGGAGCUGAAGAUCAGGACAGGCCACCGGGUCAUCAAUACCAACUGCUCGUCCGCCCACAGCCACCAAGCCUUGUCAUGCAAGAUGGCGGCGGAGUUCGACGUGUUCGUGGCGUCGCGCCUGAAGUGGUUCUGCCACGUCGAUGAUGACAACUACGUCAAUGUGCGCGCUCUGCUCCAGCUCCUGUCCAGCUUCCCCCCAACACAGGAUGUCUACGUGGGAAAACCUAGUCUGGACCGUCCAAUCGAGGCAUCCGUGAAACUGGCCAACAACAAAACGAAAUCGGUGUUCUUUUGGUUUGCCACGGGAGGUGCUGGGUUGUGUAUCAGCCGCAGCUUGGCACUGAAGAUGAAGCCUUGGGCCAGCAAUGGGCAUUUUAUGAACACGGCAGAGAGAAUCAGUCUCCCUGAUGACUGCACCAUCGGUUACAUCAUUGAGGCUGUCCUGGGUGUGAAGCUGAUCCGAAGCCCACUGUUCCACUCUCACCUGGAGAACUUGCAGCUGGUUUCAGAAGCCCAGGUUCAAAACCAGGUAACUUUAAGUUAUGGAACCUUUGAGAACAAGAGAAAUAUCAUUGAGAUGAAGGGAGCGUUUUCUGUUGAUGAAGACCCUUCAAGGUUCAAGUCCAUUCACUGUCUGCUGUACCCAGAAACACCAUGGUGUCCCUAGACCUCCGACAUGUCUCAGGGUCAAAGGUUACUGGAGGCUAGAGUCACCGCUGCCAACUCUGCACUUUCUGAAAGCACUUUGGGCCACUGACCUUUGCAACCAAUGGUGUGAAACAAAAGAAAGAGGGAAGGAGGAAAAAUAAAGUAUUGACUAUAACUGAGCUGGAAUUAACUCUCGAGCAAUGGUCACACAAUGCCUUCCCCACCUUGGCAUCCAAGUGAGUUGACCUCAACUGUGAACAAAGUCAAUAACAAGCACAAGAUGCCAAUGAGAUCCUUGAUUGGGAAAUAUUUUGAAGGAAGAUUUAUUUUUAAAAUAUUAUAGCUUUUCUUAUAUUUUUGCAUGACUGGAAAAAGAGCCCUGGCCUGUUUCUCUGCACACACAAUGGGCGUUUCGUGAACAGUGGUAACGAUGUGCUUUGCUGGGGAGAGCCCCGUGUGCUUGGCUCACCGACAGAUGUGCACUGCACAGUAAAAAGCUUGCUGGUUGGAAUUUUCUCCCAAGUGUGGCUUUCUGAAAAGAAUAUUUUUAAUUUUUGAAAAAAAAGCUAACACUUUCACGAUGUUGGACUUGUUCUCUUUGGCUGCGGUGUGAGUGUUUGUGUAGAUGUCACGCAUUUAUUGCCUACCUAAGCUGCUCUAAGUGACUUGCAGGGCUCUAAAGAGCAGUUAAGAGUGAGCUGUUGUCUGGAGUCACAUCUAGACCUGACUGGGUACAUUCCCUGUACCCUUGCAACUUAUUCUCUCUCACAAGGCCAUCAACUCCCCUUUGAUUCUUUUGCCACUUAGGUACAUUAGGGAUUAUUUAUAGGAGCCAACUUACCUGCCAACCUGCAGGUCUUCGGGAUGUGGGAGGAAACUGGAGCACCUGGUGUGUACGAGAGUGUGUGUGAGUUUCUCUGGGUGCUUGUGAAUGAGUGUACAAACUCCCAACAGACAGCAUCAGGGGUCGGAAUUGAACCUGGCUCACCGGAGCAGUGAGGCAGCAGCUCUACCAGCUGUGCUACCUUGAAUUUAAAUUCAAGUUCAAGUGCAAAUUUAUUGUUGUCAUGGGCAUAAAAACACAGGGUAUAAAUGCCAUGAGAAUUAGCUUUGUGCAGCAGCAGCACAGUAUAUGUUAGAAGACGGGAGAAACAUAAGUUAACGUAAAUGUUGACAUGAAUUAUAUCCGUAAAUGUUCGCAAAAAAAACCAAACAACAUUAGUGCACAAUAAAGAGAAAGAAAAAAUAUAGUCCGUGGUAGUGUUACGGUUUUUCAGGUCAAUUCAAGAACCUGACGGCAGUGGGGAUCCUUGAGGACCUUAAUCAAAAAAAUAAUUAAUUAAAUUUGCAUUGAAAGUUUAA